AUGGCAGGUCUGGAGGAAGGUAGCUCGGUGCUGUUCAGGCGAGGAGCCGGCCAGAGUGAUGAUUCUGACAUCUGGGAUGAUACUGCUUUGAUAAAAGCCUAUGACAAAGCAGUCUCUUCAUUUAAGAAAGCUCUGAAGAAUGGAGAUUGUACCGUGGGACCUCCAUCACCAGAGAAGUAUACCAAUCCAAAAAGAAAAAAUAACAAGAAGAAUAAAGGCAGGAAGAAGAACAAUGCACUUCCCGUGAAAAAGUGGAGAAUUGGAGACUCGUGCAAUGCCAUUUGGUCAGAAGAUGGCAAUCUUUACCCAGCUACUAUUUCUUCUAUUGAUGCAAAAAGGGGAACAUGUAUUGUUGUGUAUACCGGCUAUGGCAACAACGAGGAGCAAAAUUUGACAGACUUGCGUUUCCCUGACAGUUCAGAAGCAGAUAGUGAUCAAAAAGAUCAAGUACAGGAUGUGAAUGGUGAGGAGCUCUCAACAGAUGACAGUGACAGGUCAUCCGGAGACUCAGAAAGCAGAGAUCAUCGUACUGCAGCUACAGCAAAGAAACACACAUUUCCCACCAGUCCCACCCCCCUUCAUGCCAGGUUUUGGACGGCCUGGUGAGAAAUCUAGUCAAGCAAAUCCAUUCUUUCCUGGCUGGCCUCCAUCAUUUCCUCCAGGCCCACCUCUGAUACCCCCUCCUCCACCGAUGGGCCCUGAUAUCACAGAAGAUGAUGAAGCCUUGGGAAGCAUGCUAAUUGCCUGGUACAUGAGUGGCUAUCAUACUGGUUAUUAUCUGGGUUUAAAGCAAAGUCGAAUGGAAACUUCAUUUGGAAAAUAUCCACAACCAAAAUAG